AUGGAGGAAGAUGGCACCAACAACCAGCUCCUACGACCCCUAUCACAACCUGCGUUGAACUCCCGAUUUCCUUCGCUACGACGUUUAAACUCUACCGAGCCCUACAGGCACCGCUCUCUACCUGCUGAGCCCUCACCUGGCUCCGACCGGGCCAGCAGUGAGAUUACCUUCGCUGUCCUUUACGACGACGGCCCAGACUACCAUGUCGGCCGCUAUGAUGAUCAAGGAUCAAUGCGAUCCGCCCAGAACAGAGAUUCCCUGGCUUCCUAUGCCCCAUCCUUCCGGACCCGAGACUCGAGGGUCGUGAGUGACGAACACUACCUUAACCGCGACCAGGACUUUGUAGCAAACCAAAGGCUUCUGGCUGAGGGCUACCUGAAUAACAACGAUUCGCUUUAUGACCAAUCGGUUCCACGAUACCCGACGCAAUCGGAGGAGACCCUGGCUAUGAACACACUUCACAACUCCUAUCCGCGAGACGAAAAGAGACCUCUCUCCCAGCAAAUGACCCCCCCGAUGGACCGAGAACACAGUAAACACUCCCACGAGUCAUGGUGCACGUGCGAUGAAGAUCAUGGCCAUGGCCAUGGCAUGAUGGACCGGAAAGACCCUGCCAAGUUCGAUCUCGAGGCCCAGAAUGGCCCUGCUACUCCCACUCCUUUCUUGCCCAAGGAGAAACCGGGCGGUGGUCCUGGACCCCGUGGCCCUGGUGGUCCGGGAGGUCCGGGAGGUCCUCCAAACGACGACCCCUUCUUGGUCAAAUUCAAUGGACCUGAUGACCAGCUGAACCCGAAGAACUGGCCUUCGAACAAGAAGUGGGCCAUCACAUUACUUACCGCAUCCUUUACAUUCCUCUCACCCCUAGCUUCGUCCAUGGUUGCCCCUGCUCUCGGCCAGAUUUCUCAAAAAUUUCACAUCACCAACCAGAUCGAAUCCCAGAUCGUCCUGUCCAUUUUCGUCUUAGCAUACGCGGUCGGUCCUAUGAUCCUUGGUCCUCUCUCUGAGCUGUACGGGCGUGUCAUUAUCCUUCAAUCCUCCAACGUCGUCUUCCUAGCGUUUAACACCGCCUGUGGCUUUGCUCAAACCAAGGAGCAGCUGAUGGCCUUCAGAUUCCUGUCCGGUCUCGGUGGAUCUGCACCCCUUGCUAUUGGUGGUGGUGUCCUGGGUGACUUGUUCAAACCCGAAGAGCGUGGCAAGGCUAUGGGUAUCUAUGCUAUGGGACCUCUCCUGGGCCCUGCUGUUGGUCCUAUUGUGGGUGCCUGGGUGGCCGAAAAGUCAGACUGGAGGUGGAUGUUCUACGCCACUUCGAUUGUCAACUGCUUCAUUCUCGUCGCCGGCUUCUGGAAACUCAGUGAAACCUACACCCCUUAUAUUCUGCACAAGAAGGCCAAGAUGAUCCGCCAACAGACCGGCGACAAACGGUGGCACGCCGAGGGCGAGGGUGAGGUUGACCAGCCAGUCUGGAAGAAGAUCGUCAAGACAAUGGCUCGAUCAUUCGGCAUGCUCUUCAGCCAACCGAUUGUGCAGGUGCUGGCCUUGUACAUGGCCUUCUCCUACGGUAUCCUCUACCUCGCGCUGUCCACCUUUCCGGACCUGUACGGCAAUAUCUAUCACGAAAGCGUGGGUAUUGCUGGCCUGAACUACAUCUCCCUAGGCUUGGGUUUCUUCAUCGGGGCACCGCUCUGUGGCAAGUCUGGUGACAAAAUCUACCGCAAGCUCAAGGCAAGAGAUCCGCGGGGACAGGGCAAACCGGAAUAUCGCAUGCCGGUUGUCAUUCCCUUCUCCUUCUUUGUGCCUGUUGGUCUCUUGGUCUACGGAUGGUCCGCGCAGGCCAAGACGCACUGGAUCGUGCCCAACAUCGGCUCGUUCCUCUUCGGUAUCGGUACCAUUGCCGCCUUCCAAUGUGUCACUACCUAUCUCGUCGACACCUACGCAAGGUUUGCCGCCUCCGCUGUGGCUGCUGUCACGAUUCUACGAUCGCUUGCCGGUUUCGGCUUCCCUCUGUUUGCGCCUGCGAUGUACAGAGCUCUACAUUUUGGUUGGGGUAACACAGUGCUUGCCCUGGCCGCCAUCGGUAUUGGCAUUCCCGUUCCGAUCAUCCUGUGGCUCUUCGGUGAGAAGCUGAGGAAGAGAAGCAGCCUCGCCAUGAAAGGACCUCCCCCGGGUAAAGGCGGCCCUGGCGGUCCCGGAGGGAAGGGUCCGGGUGGUCCGGGUGGUCCAGGUGGUCCUGGCGGUCCCGGGGGUCCUGGCGCCAAAGGCCCUGGAGGACCAGGUGGUCCAGGUGGACCGGGCGUCAAGGGUCCAGGUGGUCCAGGUGGCCCUGGGGGACCUGGGAAGCCUCCAGGGUACACGCAAUGA